AUGUUCCCCCGACGAGUGCUCGCGCCGACUGCAUUCUGGCUCGCAGUAGUUGCUGUCAGUGCCUUGCUACCUCAGAUUGCCGGUUAUGACAAUUCGAGAUAUGACAACGUCGCAGUAUAUUGGGGACAGAAUUCACACGGCGCCGCUGAUUCCUCGGAUACUGCAGACUAUCAGAAGACUCUGUCGUAUUAUUGCCAAGAUGAUGCCAUAGACGUUAUCCCAGUGGCCUUUGUGAAUACCUUCUUCGGAACGGGGGGCCUGCCUGUACUAAAUCUUGCGAAUACCUGCAACCCCACAGAUAAUGCCACCUUUCCAGGUACCAAUUUAGCCAAUUGCCAGUCGCUGGCAUCGGACAUCGAGUAUUGCCAGUCUAAAGGGAAAGUCGUCACUCUGAGUCUGGGAGGCGCCGGUGGUUCUGUGGGUUUUACGGACGACAGCCAAGCCACUAGCUUCGCGGACACAAUCUGGAACCUUUUCCUCGGAGGCAGUAGCUCCACUCGGCCCUUCGGUGCAGCUGUUUUGGACGGGAUUGAUCUCGACAUAGAAGGUGGAUCCUCUACCGGAUAUGCAGCAUUUGUGAACCAAAUACGGUCCUACGCUAGCGACGCAAGUAAACCAUACUAUAUUACAGCGGCUCCUCAGUGUCCCUAUCCUGAUGCCUCGCUGGGCGGUGUUCUGAACGCGGCGAAUUUCGACGCCGUCUAUGUUCAAUUCUAUAAUAACGUCUGUGGGCUCCAGAACUAUCCUGCCGCCAAUGACUGGAAUUUCGGAAUUUGGGAUUACUGGGCGCAAAACGUCAGCCCGAAUAAGAACGUGAAGAUUUUUGUCGGUGCUCCCGCCUCUAGUACGGCUGCAGGCAGAGGAUACGUUGACAUCGGCACUCUCGAGAAUAUAGCGAUUACUAUGCGGAAAAGCUUCCCUUCAUUUGGUGGCGUUAUGUUAUGGGACGCGUCACAGGCAUACGCAAAUAAUCGGUACGACCUUGCAAUCAAGACCGCACUGCAAAAUGCUGGGGGAACUGGGUUUACCUAUCCGGCAUGCACAGCGCCGGCUUACGUGCCAGGAACAGGCUACUCGGGUGGUUCGAACGUCACAUAUCAAGGCUACAUCUGGCAGGCCAAAUGGUACUCUUCCUCGACACCAUCUGCCAACGAUAACGGUGAUUGGAGCGCAAUCAACGCCUGCUCCGGAAGCCCAAGUGGGAGUACGUCUAGCACCAAGACAUCUACAACGAGCACACCCACCACGAAGUCAUCCACAACGAGCACAUCUACUACUAAGACAUCGUCAACAAUCACUACUUCAUCAACGAGCACCGUGCCUACGUCUACUCCGACGUCAAGUUCCUGCUCCGGUGUUUCGGCAUGGUCUAGCAGUGUUGCUUAUACCGGAGGGUCCCAAGUGACGUACAAUGGACACCUUUGGACUGCUAAAUGGUGGACGCAAGGAGACACUCCGGGAGGGAGUGCCGGUGUCUGGACGGAUAACGGAUCAUGCAUUGCCAGCAAACGGGCUCUAAACUCUCGAUUCUUCCGCCUUUGAUAAGCGCGGGGCACCUGGAUAUCUGUCUGUAUUCUGUGCUGCAGCAUAUUCUGUCCAAUUUCAGCAACAAUUUUAGCAUUCGGGGGUCCUAUGAUUUUGAUGAAAUAAAUUAUGAUCCAUGUAUCUGCAUCGGUGGUAAACGUGUUUACAACGGUGAAAGAAUAGCUGAAGAGCUAUACACCAACAUAUACUGGCAUAUGCGACAAA